AUGACAGAGAGGUCAAAUUCCUUUAUUUAAGGUCCUUCCUGGAACCUGAAAGUUUACCCGUGAGUGAAUUUCUACUGGAACCCAUUCCUACAUUUGUACAUAAGUACGUAGAACUAUGUACAUUACUCCAACAUUGGUUUGUGAUAAUGGAAUGUCGGAUUACGUCGGGUGUAUGCACUUUACACCGAUAUUUAUAAGUAUUAACCCUUUAUUAGCACCAUGUGAGUGGUUAAAACUAAAUACUUAUUGUUAGUCGAAUUAUUUUUAGCUGGGUUGCUUACCCUUAACCUUCCAUUCCAUGAAGUAUUUCUUGACAUUUCUCGUCAAUUUAUUGAAGCGACAAGAUUGCUUAGAAUUUUACUCCAGUUUACACUCUAUUUUUCUACGUUUUAACAAUAAAUCAAGUCUUAAGUAAAUACACUAGCUGUUAACGAUGUCAAACAUUACUUUGUCUCCAUCGGAAAAUGGGAAGCAACAGGAUUGCACUAAAAACGCUAAAGAAAUUCAAGCACCACAACAAAAUACUGUUAUUAAGACUGAUUUUUAUCAAACCGAGGGAGACGUUGUGAUUAACUUUUUCACAAAAGGACGAAAGACGGAAGACGUCAAAGUAGAUUUUUCCAGUAAAAUGCUCACUGUUGCCAUUCGUCUUCCGGAUGGUUCGGAUUACUUGGACAACAUAUCACUGGCUCAUGAGGUCAAUGCUGCUGCUUCCUCGUAUAAGAUUCUUUCAACCAAGGUGGAAGUUAAACUUCGCAAAGAAAGUAGUGGACACUGGGCACAGUUAAGAGCAUCAAGUGCAGUUCAAGAAAUCCGACCUGGUUAUCCAACCUCGUCCAAGAGCAAGUUCAACUGGGACGAGAUCGAGAAGGAAGUUGAGAAGCAGGAACGCGAGAACCCCGACAUGGACGGCAAUCAAGCUUUCGCCCAACUUUUCAAGCAUGCGGACGCAGACGCUCAGAGGGCAAUGAUGAAGUCCAUGCAAGAGUCCGGUGGAACCUGCUUGAGCAUGAACUGGGAAGACGUGAGCAAGAAACGUGUCCCCAUUGAACCCCCAGAGGGUAUGGAGUACAGGAGGUGGGACAAUUAAAUUAUGGACGUAUUGAUGCUACAAUUGUAAAAUACUUACAUUUUGGGAAAUAAAUGCACCGUAUUAAGCUGUGUUUAAUUUUAAUAAGUUAUAA